AUGGCACUGCCCAAGAUGCUGACGAGCUCCCACUACGGCCUCACGCCUUGGGCUGCCGCUCCCGGCACCCAGUGUGGACACAGUUUCCUCGUGCCUCCACUCCCUUCCGCUGGGCUGACGCACAAGCUCUCCCGAGCGCCUCGAAAGUGUAACUUCCAGCUGGAUCCUGGACCGCGGGCGUCCCCUGUCGGCCACCUGGAGAAGGGGCGCGCAGACAACGCUGGAAAGACCUGCGCGGAGCUGGCGGAUGCAGCUCAUCCCGACCUCAGGGGCUGGACUGCGCGGUGUUCAGAUUGCCUGACGUGCGCGCUCCGCGAGGGCCAGCCUUGCGGCGUCUACACCGAGCGCUGCGGCGCCGGCCUGCGCUGCCAUCCGAAGCCCGGCGAGCUGCGCCCGCUGCAGGCGCUGCUGGACGGCCGCGGGCUCUGCGCUAACGCCAGCGCCGCCGGCCGCCUGCGCGCCUACCUGCUGCCCACGCCGCUCGCGCCAGGAAAUGGCAGUGAGUCAGAGGAAGACCGCAGUGUCGGGGACACGGGCAGCGAAGUGCCGCCCGGCACACACCGGGUGCCUGACUCCAAGUUCCACCCUGGCCACACCAAGAUGGACGUCAUCAAGAGAGGGCACGCCAAGGACAGCCAGCGCUACAAGGUCGACUACGAGGCCCAGAGCACGGACACCCAGAACUUCUCCUCGGAGUCCAAGCAGGACACGGAAUACGGGCCCUGCCGCCGGGAAAUGGAGGACACGCUGAACCACCUGAAGUUCCUGAACAUGCUGAGCCCCAGGGGCGUCCACAUCCCCAACUGCGACAGGAAGGGCUUCUACAAGAAGAAGCAGUGCCGCCCUUCCAAAGGCAGGAAGCGGGGCUUCUGCUGGUGUGUGGACAAGUACGGGCAGCCCCUCCCGGGCCACGACGCGAAGGGGAAAGGGGACACACACUGCUACAGCGUGGAGAGCAAGUAGACACACGGCAACUAGUCCAUGAAACAGUGUGGUUUUUCUCGUCGCUUCCUUUAAAACAACUUGUAAACUGCAGCACAGCACGGCCAGGCCUCACGCCACCCUGGGCCCCGUGCUCACGGUCGCGGCCGACCCCCACUUCACGCCUUCGCAGCUGGGUCGCCUCUGCAGCUGCACACUUCGUCCCCUCUGUGGCAAGAGCACGGGCCUCUCGAGAACAGGAACCCCUGGCACACCCAGCUGGAGCGAGGGUCUGCUCCCUCCGCCCACAAGACAGCUCCUGUCUUAUGGUCUCCUGCCCUGCGUGGGAACCAGUGGAGGGAAUAGGUGGAGUCUUGCUUAUCCAAACAAACAAACAAAAGACUAAGAAGUUCUGGGGAACUCUGGGAAGCUAUCAUGGUGGGUAUUUCUGACCCUCCGUUGUCAGACGGGGUUUUUGCUGGUGGCCCCAUGGGGCAGGGGGCUGGUGCAGGGGGAGUGCGUGCCAGCCCUUGGUUUCAGAGGCAUCGAAAAUAGUAGCACGAUGCUUCAGGUGAUGGCAGAAAAUGGUGCCUUCCUGCUCUAAAAUUCAAGACCAAGGUUACUGUUGAGACGCUCCUUAAAGGUAAAGGGAGUUUGUCCAUCUCUCACCUUUCGUCCUCCUCAGCACGAUGUGAACGCUAAUGACUGUAUCUAACCAGAAAGACACGGGGUGUGGGGUGCUGGCGAGCCAGCAGGAGCACAGAGUGGCCCCGCUUUUGUUUCUGAUUCACACGUAGACACAGGAGAAGCCUCUUCAUGAGCUGUCACCACUGUGCACGUCACAGUCAGAUGUGACAGACCUGUGUAGAUAACCCCAGCUGAUAGCCCGCUACAGGCAUAGCCACAGCCACGGAGGCCCUGCCGCCCGCCAUAGUCACCGCAGGGCCUCCAGACACCUGCCUACCUAUUAGCUUGUCUUUAUUUUUUUAAUAAAGCUUUUGGGGGGAAAUGUUAUUUUUGAAAAGUUUGUUUUGCAAUGUAUUUAUAAUUGGUAAAUAAAGUUCUCACCGUAAAGAAA